UUUUCUCUCCUUUUGAGACUCAAAUUGAACUGUGUUGCUUUCUCUAUUUUGCUGCAUCAGAGAUUCUCUCUACCCUCUACCCCUUUCAAGUCAAAGAAGAAAGAAAAAAAAAAUUAGGGAAAAAAAGAAAAAAAAAAAGGUUGAUAUGAAAUGUGAAAUGGGAGAAAGGAAGAGCCACAGCUCAGGGCAUAUAUUCCCCCAACACAACCCCACUUAUGUUUCCAGAUAUGGAGUGAGAACAUAGGACACCCCCAACAACUCUCAUCAAUUAUAAAGAGGGAACUAUAGGCUGCCCACAUAUUGAAGCACACAUAUACACACACACACAGCUUGAACAAAGAGGAUCAAUAUUCAAAAGCACAAGCACCAUAUUUAUAUGUUGUUUCAAUCUUCACCCUACAAAUGGAUCCUCAGAAUAUGCAAAAUCAAGACAUGGGCUUGGUCUUGUCCAGUGAUGCAAAGCCAAGGCUAAAAUGGACUCCAGAACUCCACCAGCGGUUCAUCGAUGCCGUCGCUCAUCUUGGAGGACCAGACAAGGCAACACCUAAGACCUUGAUGAGGGUCAUGGCCAUUCCUGGACUAACUUUGUACCACCUGAAGAGCCAUUUACAGAAAUUCAGGCUAGGGCAGAGGCAACAAUCAGAAACCUAUAAUGGCAAUAAGCAAGAAGAUUAUUCUGAUGAUGCAGAGUACAGAGAGAACCAUAGAAGAGAUUGUCAUUUCAAUGGGGAAAUAAUCAGUAGUGAUGGAACACAGAAUCAGAUUAAUGAAGGUUUGCAGAUUGCUCAAGCUCUUCAAAUGCAAAUGGAGGUCCAGAGAAAACUUCAUGAACAAAUGGAGGUUCAAAGACAUUUGCAGCUGAGAAUUGAAGCACAAGGAAAGUACCUAAAAUCAGUACUAAAGAAAGCACAAGAAACACUUGCUGGUUACAAUUCUGCUUCUUCAGGGGUGGAGCUUGUGAAGGCUGAGCUUUCUCAAUUAGUGUCGAUGGCCAUCACUGGUUGUCCAAGUUCGUCGGUGUUGACAGAAAUUGAAGACUCGAGCUUGAAAGAGACAGAGAGACAAUCCAUGAAAGGCACAGGUGGUUCACUUGAGAGCUCAUUGACUUCAUCUGAAAGCUCAGGAAGGAAGGAGGAGAAUCAAUCUGACAAAAGUGAGAAAAGCUCUCUUGUGCUCUCAUUAAUGGAUAUGAAUUCUAGGGACAGAAGUGGUGGUUCAAGGAAGAGAAGUGGUGGUGAUCAGCAAGAGCAAACAUAUGGUAAAAGAUCAACAACCCACAAAGAGAAAAGUGGUGGUGGUGGUGACCAAUUGAGAAAGAUCAACAGCAUAGGUUGGUUUGAUUUGAACAGCAAAUGUGUGGGUGAGUUGGGGGGUUCAGGUGCAAAAGCAAUAGACUUGAACUGCAAAGGAACAGAGCAAUUCAAUGGACAUGUUUAGUGAUUUGAGACGUUGAUGACAGCAGAUGGGAUUAAGUGAUAAUAUAUAUAUAUAUAUAUAUAUAUAUAUAUAUAGUCUAUAAUGCAAUUGGUUCUUAGAGCUAAAUAUUUUGUUUAUAAAAAACUAUGUAUAUUGUUGUGUGUAUGGACCCAAAGAACUUCUCAAAGUAUAUCCAUAUUUUAAAGGUGUAAUUAAUAUAUUGUGCAUUCUCUGUCACACACACACACACACACACAAUCACACACUGACACACAUGAGCACUCACACUCACAACUGUACUUUGAUCUUGAAAACAACAUAGUCUCUUUUAUUACCGUUUUCAUUUUGUGUUUUUGUCGGAGAUCCUAUCAGUUUAGUAAUGUUUGUUAUGUUUUGCACGUUACAAUAUCUGCUACAUAGAAAGUUCUAAUUUUUUUUUUUUUUUAAAAAAAAAAAAAAAAAAAAAACAA